AUGCAGAUGCCGCGCUACGAGGCCAACCCGGGGCGCCGGCGGCUGCGCGCGGCGCGCUGGGCGCCGGCGGCUGCUCGCUGCAGCGAGCUGUACGCGCGCGAGGGCGGCGCGGGGCCGGAGCUGGCGGCGCGCGUCCUCGUUGGCGGGCCCCUGCGGUCCCCGGCGGGGGUGGUCGCGGACGGGCUGUGGGGCCUCGCGGCGCUCGGGCAGCUCGACCCGGAGGACGCGCGCGUCGGGGCCGUGCUGCGCGGCCUCGCGGCGCGUGGCGAGGGCGCGCCGCCGGCGCCCGAGGACGCGUGCGACGCCGCCGUCGUGGGGCCGGCGUUCCUGGCGCGGGGCGCCGCGGCGGGCGGGCUCGACGCGGUGGCGCUGUGCAGGCUCGGGCAGGCGAUGGUCGGGUCGGGCGGCGACCUGGAGGCGUGGCGGGCGUGCGGGGGGGCGGAGGCGGCGCCCCUGGUGGACGUUGCGUGGCGCUGGGGGCUGCGGGGCGUCGUGGCCGCGGGGAUGCAGUGGAGCCAGUGGCAGCGGUUCCGGAAGUUCUGCGGACCCGACGCGGAGCUCCAGGGGCCGCUCGACGCACCAGCGCGCGCGUGA